UAACAUGGCGGCUUCCAUGCUGGGUUCUCUGCUGCGGACGGUCCGGCAGAUGGUUCCUUCCUCAGCUUCAGGUCAAGUUCGAGGUUAUUAUGUAGACUGGAAAAUGCUGCGUGAUGUGAAGAGACGAAAAAUUGCCUACGAGUAUGCAGAUGAGAGGCUUCGAAUCAAUUCUCUCAGGAAGAAUACCAUUUUGCCAAAAGAUCUUCAGGAAGUGGCUGAUGGAGAAAUCGCUGCCCUUCCCCGGGAUAGCUGUCCUGUUAGAAUCCGAAAUCGCUGUGUUAUGACGUCCCGUCCGCGUGGUGUAAAGCGGCGCUGGAGGCUUAGUCGCAUUGUCUUCCGUCACUUAGCAGACCACGGGCAACUGUCGGGGAUCCAGCGGGCAAUGUGGUGAUCAGCUCCAGACCCACUGAGCAGGGAAACCAGGUCUGGCAAGAAGAGACUUUUCUAAUAGACAAAACCCUGGUUUUAUAGAGGUCCAAUGUAGGAGUCGUCUAGUCUACCUGAUACUGCCUACUGUUAAAUUACUUCUUAAUUUUAAAUUAAGAAAUUUGGAUGUUUCAUUGUCAGUGAACUCUGGCCAUCUGUGAGUUGUCUCUUCUCUUGGACUUAAAAAUUAAACAUACUGCCUCCCUGCAUAGUACAAGGA